CGAAUAACGUCUGCAUUUUUAAAGGUGGUAUGAUAUUUUUUAACGAGAAAGGCGUGCUGAAAACAAGCAUAAUGCUAUGAAAAGGGGGUUCUCAUACUGGAGGGACUGCAGGAAGUGAGAUUCCAGCUCUUUCUAUUCAUGCAAUUCGUGAUUGAACGGGGCGGAGAAUCUCUCUCGUUGUGAUUACGUACGUUCAUGACGAUCAGCUGUUGUGACCUUCGUUCGACUUUCGUCGUCGCUGAGUUUGGCUUGCUUCACGGCUUGUGACCCGGCCGGGGUGUAGGGAUGGCUUACCAGCAGUCCCCAAGCAAACGGCCCGCUUCCUCGUCUCGGGCUGCUGGGGUUUCGGUGAGGGCUCAGCCCGUUAGUGACAAGUCCUACAUGGCCACAGUUGUGGACUUUCUUCAGGACGCUUACAGUGGCAACAAGGCAGAAGACAAAGACAAAAUUCUAUGGGUCAAAUUUGAGCAGUGUUCCACUAAAGGACAGGUAUUAAAUCCUCAUUACAUCAAUCAAGAAGGAUCAGAAGAGCCGAUAUUCCUUGUCAUUGGUUACGCCAAUGGUGUCCAGAUAUGGAGCUUGCCGCCAAGUGGUGAAGCUCAAGAAGUUUUAUCUCUACGUCAGGGACCGGUCCGGAUUCUACGCGUCUUGCCAACACCUUACACCAGUGGGAUUAGGAAUCAUCAGCAGGAUAAGAGACCUCUGGUGGCGCUGUGUGACGGAGCAAGUUCUAGCCAGCCAUUCUGUUCAGUGAGUCUACUGUCUCUGAAGACUGGAGAACAAGUUCAUAACAUUGCGUUCAAGACGCCAGUGUGUGAUGUACUAUGUAAUAGAAGACUCAUCGUUGUAGCAUUACAAGAGAAAGUUGCAGCAUUCGACGCUGUCUCCUUCAAGAGUCGGUUCUGCAUCACCAGCUGCUACCCAGCGAGCUCUCCUAACCUCAACCCUCUCGCUCUAGGCUCAAGAUGGCUUGCCUAUGCAGAUAGAAAGCUGGUACCAAGUCAUCAGAGUGGUGGGGGUGUGUGUCGAGAGGCAGGACAAUCAUAUAAGGCCACAGUCAUCCACGCUGCUAAGGCGAUUACCAAAGGAAUCACAGCAUUCAGUGAGUCCCUUGGCAAGCUAGCAACCUCCAAGCUGUCUACAUCCCCUCCUAGGCAGGAAAGCUCCGUUGAUAAAGUCAACACCACACCCCUGAACACUAAGAAUGGUAUCCCGGGGAUUGUGACCGUCAUUGACACGCUGUCUGUAGAAGGAGAGUUCAACGUGACCGAGGAUUCCAGUGGGGACGGUAUAGUGGCCCACUUCCAGGCCCACAUCAACGAGUCCAUAUCAGCAUUGGCCUUUGACCCCAGUGGAUCCUUGCUCUUCACAGCGGGGUCGCAAGGUCACAGCUUUCAUAUAUUCCGAUUGAUGAACCAUCCGUGUUCCUCUGGACUAGGGACCGUGCACCAUCUCUAUGUCUUGUAUAGAGGUGAUACAGCUGCAAAGGUUCAAGAUAUUUCAAUAACCAACGAUAGCCGCUGGGUUGCCGUUAGUACAAUGAGAGAAACUACGCAUGUAUUUCCCAUAACGCCAUAUGGAGGUCAAGUAAGUUCAAGAACACACACUCCAGCGAAGAUUGUAAACAAGGAGAGUAGAUUCCAUAAGAGUGCUGGAUUGGAUGAGUUGGUCGACCCAGGAAGGGGUAGUCCUGUCCAGGGAUUGUCAGAAAGCCCUACAUCCUCAGGUUUCCACUCCCCUGAGCCGAUCUCCACCCUCAAUCAAACCAGUACCCUCAACAAUUCCACCCUGAAUAACCCACGCCUUCCCCCAUACCCCCCGCCCGUCACCGUAGUCCCACUCGCCCAGAUCAAGCAGCCAGCAAUCCUUGCCUCGGUGGGUGCUGUCACGGGGAUGACGGGGAACGCGACACGCCCAAGGAGCGCCUGCUCGCAGACCGCCGCCGUAAGCGAUUACGUCUGCAUCAGUACGUGCUUUGGGAGCUCCAGAGGGCACUUUGUCACCAGCUCAAAGGGGACCAGGGAAAAGAAUGAUGCCACUAAGCAAACGGCAGUUGAUUCACUUUUCAUCAUGGGUUGCCAUGGGAACCUAGCAGAAAACAUUCUUGAACCCAAGAUGGUGCAGUCGGGCGGCAGGAAGACCGAGGAGACCGGGUUGGAGCUUGGGGUCACGGAGCAUGCCCAGUGGAACUUACAGAGGGGUAUGAAUUGGGCUGAGCACAGACCCCCUCUAGGUGGAUUCAAUCAUCUCUUAUUAACCAAUGAAGCCCAUCAUUGUGCAGCUGAUAGUUCAGGAUAUUUGCUCAAUUCAGUUCCGAGAAGUGAGUCAUCCGACAGUUUACGUUCCGGUCACAGCAGUCCAGACAGUGACUUUGAUGAACCAUGGUUAUCUCAGGUGGAGAUGGUGACCCAUGCCGGCCCUCAUAGACGCCUGUGGAUGGGUCCUCAGUUUAAGUUCAAGACAGUACCCCAGCCCAGCAGUACCACUGUACUAUCCUCAACCUCCUCUGCCUUACUCUCUGAUGGGAUGGAGACCAAUCGCACAGCGAUGGACAUGACUCAAGACGACGUCGAUCUGAAAUCAUUAAGUAUCCAGCCGCUGAGGUCAGAUCCAGUCCCUACACCAUAUUCAUCGGAAGGGUCAAUGCGACCUUUAGCCUCUAGCCAAGAAGGGUCAUCCAUGCCCACAUGUAUAGAAUACGGCUCAGGUGCAUUUGACCAGGCAGUCAACCUUCUUGAAGUAAGCUGUGGUAGCUGGCCUGAGAACAGUUUACAACGAGGUACGGAGAUGGUGGAGGAGCGAUUGAGGCAGACGAUUGCUGACGCUAUGGCUGAAUCGACUCAUGGAAGGACACCCACAGCGAGACAUAAAGCAGAUGACCAGGAUCUACUCUUAGACAAUCCAGACCAGCUUAGUUCCAGUGCCGGGUCGGCAGACAGCGCUAUCCAUUCCUACGAGGCACGGGGAUCUCCUGCACGCAGCAUGGAUCACAUCCUUGUGUUUCCUCCGGCCAGUGGUUCGCCAGACUCGAGCUAAAGUCACCCACUCUCCCACUUCCAAUGAGUGAGCAAAACGUUUUACUUCACUAAAAAUAAAUACUAAGAUUUCAGUAACGACUGAGGGUAGACCUUUUAUCAUGGUGCGGCCAUCCUGAUUUUCUCUCAUUUAAAUCAAUGUAACCAAAGCGAGCCUGGUUCCUGAUUUGUACAAUGAAUACCAAGCAUCCAUUCCUAAUAUUGGAUACAGGGAACAUGACCAAGAUGGUGGUAGCAUAGUGAAGGUCUUUACCAUUCAGUUUGGUCAGUUAUGUGUUGUGAGAAAAUUGUCACACUAACAAAUGAUUCACAAGAUUAGAGUCCAAAUUUCCUCACUUAAAGCAGACCACUUUAUUUGUGUUGCAAUUUUCUCAAUGCUGCAUACAGGGCUCAAAUUCACAAAAGGCUAAGAUUGAUCUAAAGAUAUUUAUGAAUCUUGAUGUUGGACUUUUUGGGACACUAGGUGGCAGCAGACUUACCAGGUAAAUAAAUUUUUCUUGGAAAUGUGAGCUAGCUCAGAACUAUGUAAACAAUGGAAAUUUACCUGGUAAUUGUGCUGCCACCUAGCGGUUUCAUAAUACAAAAUCACUACUGCAAUAUUGUUUACUCAUCUUAAGAUGAAUCUUAGUGUGUGAAGACAUCAAUGGGAGACUUUGGAACAGAGGUGGCAGCAGACCUACUAGGUAAAUUUCCAUUGUUAACGUAGCUCUGAGCUUGCGCAAAUUACCGAGAACAAUGGAAUUAACCUGGUAAGUCUGCUGCCACCAAGCGUCCCAAAAGUCUCCUAUUGAGUUCCAUAUCUAAAAUAUUAAAAACAGUAUACUGUCUCAGUUGUUAUCCCAUCUUCUCAUCAAUUGGACAUUUCUGAACUCUUGGUGGCAGCAGGCCCCCCACACUUCGGAUGGCAUUCUUAAGAAUACUUAUUUAUCUUAACCAGUUACAGCAGAGUUAUAUACGUAUUUAUUUCAGCCAGUUUAUUUUUCAAAACAUAUCUGUAAUACGAUCUUAAAGGGGCAUUGUCUGUGUGCUUUAAAAACAUCUCUGUCAAAUUUGCAUUUAAUUUGUCAUUCUGGGGGAAUAUUUUUGUACUUUCAGUCAAAUAGGUUGUUUUGUUGUAACUUGGAAGUACAUUUUUUGUCUGAUUUACCUUUAAUAUUUUCUUGAAAGAGGUAAAUAUACCGUAACAGGGAUGCAACACUGAUCCUCAUGUUAUGACCUUUAAAUUACCUUUUUGAAAUGUUGUAGAGAGUUUGUAACGCCUCUAAAAUAAAACUCCUUUAGACCAUAAGGAAAAUGUUAUCCACUUAUCAGGAUUUGUCAGACUCUUACAAUCACACCCGCGUAUUUUUUCAGUCCUGCGUUGUCUCUGCAAGGGGAGUUUGUAUUUUUAGUUUUCUUAAUUAGUUUUGUCGUGGCAUGUCAUCUCAUGGGAAGCGACAAGGGAGAAUGCACUUUUGAUUCUUGUUCAUUAAGAGCUAAGUCUGACUGAUGUGGCGUGUAACCUAAAGGGAAAGGUUGGUUUACAGUGUGUGCUUUUUGAUUCACUUCAAUGGUUCUUUAGUCGUGUGGAGAGUUCUUCUUUGGGAAAAAGCUUCAGUAAUUGUGAUUGGAAAGGAAUCGGGAGGCUAGUUCUGAAGAUGUGUGUGGUUGCGAUGAUUACAGACUACAAGUCUUGGGAGUAAUUGGAACGUUAGGGAAACAUGAAAGUGCGCAGUUAUGUUUGUUUGUUAAGAUGAUUUUCCCGUCAAUGUAACUCGGCAAACUCCCACAAAGGAAUGUAAACACCAACAAGCUGGCAACAUCCAAUAUCUGCCAUAGAAACAUUGGUUUAACAUCUAGGGUUAGGAAUUGCACAAAUCAAGACAUUUUGAUUCAGUAACUAAACAACAAUACUUAUUCUAGUCUUUGUGAGUUAAGCUUGGUUGGAUGCGAACCCCAAAUCUUUGUUUGUGCCAGUGUUUUAAGGAUUGGAACAUUGGGCCAUAUUAACUCUACCGCUUCUAGUAUCUUGGGUUGUAUCUGUGUGGAGGCAUUUAAUGCAUUGGUUAUGACCUUAAGAAUGACCUUUGCGAAAGGUCAGUUUGUGACGUAAAGCUUGGGGUGUCAGCUUUGUGCUUCUUUAUGCCUGGACUGCAGUCAUUUUCUUUUUGCAACUUCGUAAAAAAACUAUUGGUAAUUGUCAAAGACCAGUUUUCUCACUUGG